CGCCUGCGCCUGCGCCUAGGGUUGAGGAUGGGCAGGCGGCGGGUCCGGGUCCAUUGGCAGGCGCUGCGGCUGGCGGGGCAUGGUGGGACGGAUUGAGCCAGGCCCGCCCGGGGCGCCAGGCUGGAGUAGGUGGCAGUGAGCUGCGGCCGAGGCUGCGGGGCGUGAUUUCGAUGAUCGAGGAAUUGGCAGGCAGCAGAUUUGGAAAUCCAACGCCAGGGUUUGACUUGUCCCGAGCCUUGAAGAUAAUUCAAGAUAGAGCGCAAGCCGGAUCCAAGCUUUCGGCUUCCAGUGCAUCGCGGUUUGACCAUGCCGCCCUACCUGAAAGAUAAGGCUCGUUCUGCAGCUGUAGUUGUCCGGGCCCUUCUUUAACUUUUGACGAACUGACCCGUGAGAAAGUUGCUACCCUUUCUCUUAGCGGGUUAGCCAGGAAGGGAAGUGGGCACGUGAGAACAAUGGUAGCAGCAGAUACUUACUUAGUGUUACUGCAUUGGCAGGAGUGUCUCUGUAGGUGUCUGUAGGACAGACAGACAUCUGACCAGCCUUUCCGCUUCACCAUCCCUCCAAGUCAUUCAUCCAACAAGUAUUUAUUGAGUACUUCCAUGAGCCAGGAGCCAUGCGGGGCCAGCGGAGCCUGCUGCUGGGCCCGGCCCGCCUCUGCCUGCGCCUGCUUCUGCUCCUGGGCUAUAGGCGCCGCUGCCCUCCUCUGCUCCGGGGCCUGGUACAGCGCUGGCGCUAUGGCAAAGUCUGCCUGCGCUCCCUGCUCUACAACUCCUUUGGGGGCAGUGACACCGCUGUCGACGCUGCCUUUGAGCCUGUCUACUGGCUGGUGGACAACGUGAUCCGCUGGUUUGGGGUGGUGUUCGUGGUGCUGGUGAUCGUGCUGACAGGCUCCAUCGUGGCCAUCGCCUACCUGUGUGUCCUGCCUCUCAUCCUCCGAACCUACUCAGUGCCGCGACUCUGCUGGCAUUUCUUCUACAGUCACUGGAAUCUGAUCCUCAUCGUCUUCCACUAUUACCAGGCCAUCACCACCCCACCUGGGUACCCGCCCCAGGGCAGGAAUGAUAUUGCCUCAGUGUCCAUCUGUAAGAAGUGCAUUUACCCCAAGCCAGCCCGCACACACCACUGCAGCAUCUGUAAUAGGUGUGUGCUGAAGAUGGACCAUCACUGCCCCUGGCUAAACAACUGUGUGGGCCACUAUAACCAUCGGUACUUCUUCUCUUUCUGCUUUUUCAUGACUCUGGGCUGUGUCUACUGCAGUUAUGGAAGCUGGGACCUUUUCCGGGAGGCUUAUGCUGCCAUUGAGAAAAUGAAACAGCUCGACAAGAACAAACUACAGGCGGUUGCCAACCAGACUUACCACCAGACUCCGCCACCCACCUUCUCCUUUCGAGAGAGGAUGACUCACAAGAGUCUCGUCUACCUCUGGUUCCUGUGCAGUUCUGUGGCACUUGCCCUGGGUGCCCUAACUAUAUGGCAUGCUGUUCUCAUCAGUCGAGGUGAGACCAGCAUCGAAAGGCACAUCAACAAGAAGGAGAGACGUCGGCUACAGGCCAAGGGCAGAAUAUUUAGGAACCCCUACAACUACGGCUGCUUGGACAACUGGAAGGUGUUCCUGGGCGUGGACACGGGAAGGCACUGGCUUACCCGGGUGCUGUUACCUUCCAGUCACCUGCCACAUGGGAACGGAAUGCUAUGGGAGCCCCCGCCCUGGGUGGCUGCUCACUCAGCCUCUGUGAUGGCAGUGUGAGCUGCCCUGUGUCAGCCUCCAUUGGAGCAUUCAUCUUGCUUCCUACGUUGACCUUGUCUCAUAGGCCACCAAGGGCAGCGUUUCUUGGAAUCCUUGAUCAAAAAGAGCCAAUGGGCCUGCCUUAGUGUACCAGGCAGGGACACCUCCAGGACCAACCUUUUGGCCCCUGCAGAAGCAAGACAGCAUGGAGAAGUCCUAGGAAUGACACCCCUUUACUCAGGCAAACAGAAACUCCAGCCCCACACCAGGGGUCAGGCAGCUAGCUACCUUGCCGGUGCUGACCCUGACUGCCUCCAGGCUGCAGCGCUGGCCUCGGGCACCACCUCUUCCACUUGCUGUCUGAGAAAAUAUCUGACUGGUACAGCUGAGAUUGUGGCUUUCAACAGGGCACAUCACCAGGCCUGCCACUGGGAUCACUGCCGCUUCUCACGUUGCCGAAGGGAGCAAAUAAAGGUGUUUGGUUUGUAAA